AUGGAGGCGAUGGGCUCCGACGUCCAACAGCUCAAUCUCCGGAUGACAGACCUAGAGGAAGAGAGAGAAGUCAUGCAAGCGCAAAUCACCAACUUAACCUCAGUAAUUGACUCCCAUUUACUUCAAUAUGCAGCUACACAACAGCAUAUUGAUGACUUGGAUAACCGCAGCCGUAGAAACAAUCUAGGAAUACGAGGUAUGCUUGGAUCCCAGGGAGAAAACCUCUCAUUGCUACUCACGGAGGUAUUCAAUCUAAUCCUGGGAACUCCAAAACGACACACAAAUCAAGCUUGA